AAGCCCCGCCUCCGGAGCAGACGUCCCAUGAGUCAUAAAGUUUGAUGUCCUGCCCAAAGUUUUAGUCCCGACUGGAGCAAAAGUUUUUUUUUUUCUGGAAAGUGCUGUGCAGAGAUUUGUUCUUCGCACUGUGAUUCCGUCGUGUGAGAAUAGUCCACAACAGCCGACACGCAGCAAGAAGUGCGUUUUGUGGCGUUUGUUUUUCCUCCUUUUGAGGCUGCGUGAACUUUUUUUUUUUUUGUAAGUUUGGGGCCGGACGGCAGCACAGAUUCCCGUGUGGAGUAGAUAUGCGCUUUGUUACAUUCUCAAGAAUGCCAGCGAGAAACGACAGGAAAGCGCUGUGUUUCACUGCGGAUUUCGACAGCUAACACCCGGGAGAAAGAAGCGAACCGGUCGAGUGUUCAACUUUAGAAUGACUCGAAAUCACUUUUUCUGAGUGUCGUCGAUAUUUCCUGCUGUGAAAAAAAAAACAGAAAAAAAAGUUUGAGAUUGACUCAAACUUAGUUUUAAUUAUUUUUUUUGCGUGAAGUUUCUGAACGGGAUAUUUUUGGACACAGAAAGUUCAAAGACUUUUUUUUUUUUUUUUGCGGUCGGGAAAAUGGAUCCGAGCCAGCACAACCCUCCCGUCGGGCACCAGAUCGUCCACGUACGGGGCGACUCCGAGACCGACCUGGAGGCCCUCUUCAACGCCGUGAUGAACCCGAAAAACACUAUCGUGCCCCCCUCCGUACCCAUGAGGAUGAGGAAGCUGCCAGACUCCUUCUUCAAACCCCCCGAACCAAAGUCCCACUCCAGACAAGCCAGCACCGACGCUGGGACCGGCGGCGUCCUCACGCCCCACCACGUCCGAGCUCACUCGUCCCCGGCCUCUCUUCAGCUGGGCGCUGUUACCGGUGGCUCCAUGUCUGGCAUGCCGCCGCCUUCCCCCCAACAUCUCCGUCAGUCCUCGUAUGAGAUUCCCGAUGACGUGCCCCUGCCCCCGGGGUGGGAGAUGGCCAAGACGGCCUCUGGGCAGAGAUACUUCCUCAACCAUAUUGAUCAGACCACGGCCUGGCAGGAUCCUCGCAAAGCCCUGCUCCAGAUGAACCAGGCUCCCCCUCCCAGUACCGGGCCAGUCCAGCAGCAGAACAUUAUGAACCCGGCCAGUGGUCCUCUCCCUGAGGCCUGGGAACAAGCUAUUACAUCAGACGGAGAAAUUUACUACAUCAACCACAAGAACAAGACCACAUCCUGGCUUGACCCACGACUUGACCCACGCUUUGCCCUGAACCAGCAAAGGAUCUCCCAGAGUGCUCCAGUGAAGCAGGGGGGGCAGCUCCCGCCCGGAUUCGCAGUAGGCAACAGCCAGAUGAGGCUGCAGCAGAUGGAGAAGGAGAGGCUGAGACAAAAGCAACAGGAGCUGCUUCGGCAGAGACCACAGGAGCUCUCCAUAAGGAAUCAGCUGCCUACAAGUAUGGAUCAAGAUGGCGGCACGAACCCUGUGUCCUCCCCUAUGGCCCAGGAUGCCCGGACCAUGACCGCCAACAGCACUGACCCAUUCCUCAACAGCGGGACCUACCACUCCAGGGAUGAGAGCACCGACAGCGGCUUGAGCAUGAGCAGCUACAGCGUCCCUCGCACUCCAGACGACUUCCUCAACAGCGUGGAUGAGAUGGACACAGGGGACGCUCUUCCACCCUCCAUGGCAACGCAGCCAAGCCGUUUCCCCGACUACCUGGACGCCAUCCCGGGAACAGAUGUCGACCUGGGCACCCUGGAGAGCGAGAGCAUGGCGGUGGAGGGCGAGGAGCUGAUGCCCAGUCUCCAGGAGGCCCUGAGCUCCGACAUCCUCAAUGACAUGGAAUCGGUGCUGGCAGCUACCAAGAUCGACAAGGAGAGCUUCCUCACGUGGUUAUAGAGGGUUUGAGGAGGGCUCCGAACUCCUCUCCCCACACUUUGAACUGCUGCCUGCUCUCAUCUGUGAAGGAGUCACGGAUGCUUUGGCGAGACAUUUCAGCGUUGCCUCCCUGGACCUCGGCAUGUAAGGCCAAUCUCUUUCGAGGCAGCGUUGUUCUUUUCUUCUUCACUGGUGUGUUAUCGCUUUAUUUUGUCUGUGUCUUCAAGGCUGGCCCAUGAACAGACAAUAACGCAAGGGCUCCCCCCGAAUCUUUCACAGAUCUCUCAGUGAAACUAGGGCAUCUUUAACUUGAAGCAGGGUGUUCCUUUCCCUGGUCUCCCUUCAAAGCUGAGCUGGGUGGGUGCAUGAACUCUUCUGCAACUCUUUUGCCAUCCUCAGUUAUCUCCGGAAGCCUCUGGUGCCGCUUUUUUCCUGCAAUACAGCAUGAAGCAGCGCUACUUAACGGCGUUUGAGACUAUUGCAUCUAGCUUUUAUAGCUUUAUAUUGGGUCUGGGGUGUUUUUAUCCUUUUUAAAUUUUUUUUUUUUUUAGUGUGUUGUCAACGAGCCUGACAAACCAAAAAUGAUGUGUUUGAAGCAUAAAGUACAAUACUGAUUUGGAGUAAAGGUAAUGAGGCCAAGUUUGGACAUGUUGGCUUUUGGGAGGGGGGGGGGGGGGGUUGUAGCCCGGGGACCGACUACAUUGCUGCUUGGCUGUGCCAGCAAGUCUAAGUUAAACCUUUUAAUAGAUCAAGUGCCUUCAGUAGUAUUUUUUUUUUUUUUUGAGACGCGAGCAACAUGAACAAUUACUAAAAGCAAUAUGCUGCGUUCGCUUACAUCAGCCACACUUUCCUCUAUGUAAUGUUCAAUAAUCAAAAUUGUAUUUUUGUUUUCUAAACGCAUAAGGGUAUGUAGAGAUUUCUGUUUUAUGUUUCUCUAAACCCUAGCUUCUAAGUAUCUGUCUUAUCCAGGCCUGAAUCAUGAGUCAUUCUUUGUUUUAUCUUUUCACUCUCCUUUUUGUUUUUAGAUUAAUACAUAUGUAUGAUAGCUUUGAGCAAAUUAUUUUGUUUCUUGUUUUUUAAAUUUCUUUCAUAGAUUAACUAACAUUUUGUUAACGACUUCAACUGUUCGCAGCACACCACUUUCCCAAGAUGAAGUCUGCAAAGACACAGAAUGGAGUUUGGGCUUAAAGGUGUUUUUAUUUUUUUUAAUUUUUUUUAUUUUUCAUUCUUUUGCGGAUUCACUUCUUGUCUCUGAUUUACUUUAUGCGUAUUAGAGUUAUUGUGAUGAUCAAAUCCUGCUUUUGCUAUUUUUGCAUUGAAGCAUUGAUGAUCAAAUGGAGCUCUUGCUACCUUUCCUAAACCGUAACCAAAAAGGUAAAUCUACAGUUCUUCGAUCAAUCGAACCUCGUGACAAUGUACAGUGAACAAACAGCUCCACGGGAGCGUAGCCGCUCUGUACUAAAAUGAGGGGUUUAUAGACCACAGCCAGGACAAGUUUAAGCAGGUUUGAGACCCAUGUGGGGGGGGGGGGGGGGGUGUAAUAGUGUAGAAGGCCAGGGAUUGACUGAUGGUGGUGACUUGCGGAUUGUUUUUAGUGUUUUUAUUUUAUUUUUAUUUUUUUUUAGUUUAAUUAUUUCACAAAAGAAUGAACAAUCAGUUAUUAUCCAGUCAGGAAUUGUGGUGGCAGAUUCCAAAGAUGUCUUUUUUUUGUUUUAUGACACUAACAUUUAAUAUCGCUUCCAUUUUCACAGAGUCCAGAAACCAGUAUGGUUUGUAAAUCAGCCUCUAAAACACACUGUAUAAGCUAAUGAGAAAAUGAUGAAAGUUUCAAGUGUUAAUGGACAUGUCUAUGAAUAGGUCUAGCUCAGAGAUUUUUCUUUUUAGACAGUUUUGAGUGACUAACCCUAAGAUUUUAAAGUUGAGGUUUCAGAACAGAGCAGCAAGUGAUUCCUCUAUAAGCGCUCGCAUGUUUACAUUAUCUCUGCGUAGGAAACUGCUACAUCUGCAGUGGAGACGACACACUGACAAUUCUCUCAUAAUCCCAUUACUUUGAUGUUUACACCAUGACUACAUCUUUGCAUGACGGCAGUAACCUUUGAAAAGUCAGCCUGCUGUGUGUGACCUCGUUUGAGUCCUUGCAGGUUAUCAUUGGUUCUGUCGCCAACAAAUAGUUUGUGGCAUUAACUUGAUGGAACAAUAAUUUUUUUUUUUUUUAGAUCAGUGAUCAUGAACAAUUUAUUUUUAUGUGUGAGAAACCUCUUUUUAGUUUUGAUUUUAUUGAUCAUUAAAUCAUGUGUUGAUGAUGAAUUUGAGAUGGAUAAACAGUGUUGAGAACAAUGCAAGUAAAAUGAGUGGUACACUACAGUGCUUGUAUUGCAGGGCUACGGUUUUCAUUUUGAUGCAAUGCCGCAUUUUGUCACACAAACCUGAUUUUAUGCUUUCUUAGUGUGUAACUGAGCGUAUUAGCUGUUGACUGUCAUUUUAGCAGUAGAACUAAUCACACAAGUUAAAGGAUUUUGUAUUUGGAGUUUUCUAAAUGCACAUGAAAUGAAUUUAUAUUCAGUAAUGAUCUGUUCUUUUAUUUUCGAUAGAUAUGUGCAUGUGUUUUAGAACAUUAAAUUCUGUUACAUUAUAUCUUGCUUCAUAUGAUACUUUGAAAUUGGCCUGAAAUAAAGUAUAUACUUUUGUGGUAAUA